CCGGCGGGCUUCCGCAUGCUAUUACGCUCACACGUACACCGGCCGGCUCGUGCAUGUAUGCCCAGGUAGUAUACACAUGUGCUCAGUAAGUUGCAGGUGUAGACUACCAGAUCAUAUCUUGGCAACAAACGCAUUUAUGAUCCUCACCAGCGCUCACAGUAGCUAGCUAACUUCACAUCCUCCAUCAUUUCUUCCUUCUUCUACUAUCUGUAUCGAUCUAUAUAUAUGUACCCAGUGCUAGGAAUCGAAUCAUAAAGCUAGCUAAGAAAGAGCUCAUGCAUCUUGAUUGAUACUCCAUAUAACAAUAAUCAGAGUUCUAUCUUGUGGUCACCUGUAAAAGUUGCAAAAGGAGCAGUAGCUAGCUGUAGAUAGGGGUCGAACGAUCGAUCAGUAAGAUAUAUAGCUCAACAAGAUGGUGGCGAAGGGAUUGAUCACGGGCGUGAGCUUGGUGCUGGCCCUGCUGGUGUUCUCGGCCGCCGGCGUUGGCACCGCGUCGGCGCAGGCGCCGGGGCUGAAGAAGGGGUUCUACAAGAAGAGCUGCCCGCGGGCGGAGGACAUCGCGCGGGAGGUGGUGUGGGCGCGCGUCGCCGGCAACCGCGAGCUCGCCGCCAAGUUCCUCCGCAUGUUCUUCCACGACUGCUUCGUCAGGGGCUGCGACGCGUCGGUGCUGCUGGACUCGCCGACCAACACCGCGGAGAAGGACGCGCCGCCGAAUCUGUCGCUGGCCGGCUUCGACGUCAUCGACGAGGUGAAGGCGGCGCUGGAGCGGGCGUGCCCCGGCGUCGUCUCCUGCGCCGACAUCGUCGCGCUCGCCGCGAGGGACUCCGUCUCGUUCCAGUACAAGAGGAACCUGUGGGAGGUUGAGACGGGGCGCCGCGACGGCACUGUGUCGAGCGACCAGGAGGCGCUGGCCGACAUCCCGGCGCCGACCUCCACCUUCGACGUCCUCCUCUCCAACUUCUCGAGCAAAGGGCUCGGUCUCCAGGACCUCGUUGUCCUCUCAGGCGCGCACACGAUCGGCGUCGGGAACUGCAACCUCUUCAGCUCGAGGCUGUUCAACUUCACCGGCAAGAACAACCCCAGCGACAUCGACCCCGCCCUCAACCCAUCCUACGCCAGAUUCCUCCAGGGGCAGUGCCGGCGCAACCUGCAGGACCCGAACGACAACACGACGGUGGUGCCCAUGGACCCUGGCAGCAGCCUCUCCUUCGACAACCACUACUUCGUCAACCUCAAGGCGCACCAGGGCAUGUUCACCUCCGACGCCACGCUGCUCACCAACGGCCGCGCCGCCAACAUCGUCGACAAGCUGCAGGACCCGGGCGUCUUCUUCGACGCCUUCAAGAACUCCAUCAAGCGCAUGGGGCAGAUCGGCAUGCUCACCGGCGCCAACGGACAGAUCAGGAAGAAAUGCAACGUCGUCAACUGAUCAGAGCCAACUCGAUCUAUUCGAUCUGAUGACUCGUAUAUAUAACGAUGCCGUUGCAUAUAUACUUGCAAUGCUGAGAUUAUUAUUACUUAAUUGUGCAAUAGUGAUCAGCCGUUUGAAUCUUACAUGACAAAUUAUAGGCUGUCAGAAGUACCGAAAGUUACUGCAAUAAACCCGUAUUUAUUUGGCCCCUAAAGUAAAGCUCUUCGGUUCGUCGGAUUGUAA